CCCCUCCUUCGGAACCAUCAGCAGCGCAGGAGCUACCGUGCCUUUGACGGAGCAGCUACAGUAAAGCCGGAGUCACAGUUACACCCCGCACAGCCAUGGCAGACAACGCCGGCUUGGAAAACCACCGUAUCAAGAGCUUUAAAAACAAGGGCCGCGAUGUCGAGACUAUGAGAAGACAUCGAAAUGAGGUGACAGUUGAGUUGAGAAAGAACAAACGAGACGAACAUUUACUGAAGAAGAGAAAUGUUCCCCAGGAGGAGAGUCUGGAGGAUUCUGAUGUCGACUCAGACUUUAAAGGGCAAAAUGUUACACUUGAGGCAAUCUUACAGAAUGCAACCAGCGACAAUGCAGUUAUACAGCUCAGUGCAGUGCAAGCAGCCCGAAAACUUCUCUCAAGUGACAGAAACCCUCCCAUUGAUGACUUGAUAAAGUCUGGGAUUCUGCCCAUUUUAGUAAAAUGCCUUGAACGAGAUGAUAAUCCUUCUCUUCAGUUUGAGGCUGCCUGGGCUCUGACCAACAUUGCCUCUGGAACAUCAGCACAGACUCAGGCUGUGGUCAAAUCAAACGCAGUGCCCUUGUUCCUGCGACUGCUCCAGUCCCAUCACCAGAACGUUUGUGAACAGGCUGUAUGGGCUUUAGGAAACAUUAUAGGUGAUGGUCCACAGUGCAGGGAUUAUGUCAUCUCCCUGGGUGUCGUAAAGCCUCUGCUCUCUUUCAUCAACCCAUCAAUCCCCAUCACCUUCCUCCGCAAUGUUACCUGGGUCAUUGUUAACCUAUGUCGCAACAAGGAUCCCCCUCCACCCAUGGAGACUGUGCAAGAGAUUUUGCCUGCUCUCUGUGUGCUAAUAUACCACACUGAUAUAAAUAUACUAGUAGACACAGUGUGGGCUCUGUCCUAUCUGACGGACGGAGGAAACGAACAGAUCCAGAUGGUCAUCGAUUCUGGAGUCGUUCCAUUUCUUGUGCCUCUCCUCAGCCAUCAGGAGGUGAAAGUUCAGACAGCAGCUCUGAGGGCGGUUGGAAACAUUGUGACGGGAACAGAUGAGCAGACCCAGGUGGUUCUGAACUGCGAUGUUCUCUCACACUUCCCCAAUCUGCUCACCCAUCCUAAAGAAAAGAUUAACAAGGAAGCUGUCUGGUUCUUGUCCAACAUCACAGCUGGGAACCAGCAGCAGGUCCAAGCUGUUAUCGAGGCCGGGCUAAUUCCUAUGAUAGUCCACCAGCUGGCUAAGGGUGACUUUGGCACUCAGAAGGAGGCAGCAUGGGCUAUCAGCAACCUCACCAUUAGUGGGAGGAAAGACCAGGUGGAGUUCUUGGUGGAGCAGAAUGUCAUCCCUCCCUUCUGUAACCUGCUGUCGGUGAAGGACUCGCAGGUGGUGCAGGUCGUUCUGGACGGCCUCAAGAAUAUCCUCAUUAUGGCUGGAGAUGAAGCCAGCACGAUUGCUGAAAUCAUAGAGGAGUGUGGAGGUCUGGAGAAAAUAGAAAAUUUGCAGCAACACGAGAAUGAAGAUAUCUACAAAUUAGCCUUCGAGAUAAUUGAUCAGUACUUUUCGGGAGAUGAUAUUGAUGAAGACCCAAGCUUGAUCCCUGACACCACCCAAGGAGGAACCUUCAACUUUGAUCCUGCUUCCAACAUGCAAACAAAGGAAUUCAAUUUCUAAAAAGCCAGGGUGUUUGGUUCCACCAGUUGCACGGGUACCCUGACAUCAUCGCAGACAUUCAUCCAUUGCCCAACAAUCUGACAACCCGGUACAAAAGGAUCUUUAAACUCCAGUCUCGCCUCCAACGGAUUUUAACCGCAGCCACUUCUGCACUGUGGGGAGCUUUUUUCUUUUGUCCCGUUUUUUUUUUUCCCCCUUCUAGUGCAACUCUGCAUAGGAGCCCUGGCUGCUUAUCUGACAACCUGCAUGAGGAGAAGCUGCCAGUGCUUCUAUCACUCAAAGGUAAAACCAGAAGGAGGGAAAACGCAAAGCCUGCUUGGCAAGAUGGAAAUUGCCAAAUAUCAAGUCUUUACAAAGACAGAAACACAAGCACAUUUUCAAAUACUUCACACACACUCAUUUAUAUAUACGUGUAUAGAAAUGCAUAUAUAUGUAUACACACUUUUUGACACUUAAGAUAUGUGUGCAUACUUCUGUUGGAAGUCAUAUCACACCUGGGGAAGAAAUACUGCUGUUAGUUUGUGGUUUACUUUUGUGCUUUCCCUUCCCUGGAUUCUCCUGGUGUAACUCCACCCCAGCACACACACACACACUAUCACAGUGUACACCUAAACACACCUGGUCACAAAAUUUCCUGAUGACUAGUCGCACCCCUGUUUCACCCACUUUAAAAGCGAUAAUCCCCAGGCUAAGCCAUGAUUACCACGGACCCCCUCCUCUCUGCCCUCCCAGGAGGCUCCAUGGGCAGGUGGAGGUGUGAAAGGGCUCAGAGGUAAAAAGGAUCAAUCCGUGGCAAACCAACGGGACUUCUGUUUUUUUUGGUGUGACCUCUCUCGACAUAUAGGACUCUUUAAGGAAAUUCAUCAAAUGUGAAGAAAUUGCCAUAUUUUUUUUUCUCGCCGCAUACAUUUAACCUGAUACUCUCCUCCUUCAGAAGAGCAUUGGUGUUUUUCUCAAAGGAUGUAAAGGCGGAUGAUGAAGGCACAGAAACUUUCAAAAAGAGGGAUCGCCUCCCUCAAACACCAACAUCUUACCCUUUAGCCAGUUUUCCUCUGGACUCCCCCUGAAAUGUGAAAACUCAAAGGGGAGGGGGCGGGCUCAUCAUAAACCUAACUGAAAUGUCCAGAAUCCAACAAUGUUAUUUUUAGCUUUUUGUUUUUCAAUUUUCACUUUGAAUGGAAAUUAAUUUUACAUUUCAGCUUUGGUAUAAUCUGUGGAAGUUUUUUAUUUUUUAUUUUCCUCUAGUCUUAUGCACACAAUUGAGGCACAGGGAUGUCUGCCUGCAGAAAGGGACCUAUGCUCACUGAUGAAGAGUAGACUCAUCCGGUGUGCAGGUUCUGAUCUUUAGAGUACUGAACUCAUUUUUGUUUGAUUAAGAGGUCACAUGUCAUCACUCGAUUUGAAUAAUUGUAAAAAAAAAAAAAAAAAGUGAUGUGUAUCUCUCCUUGCCGUCUGACAAAUAUAUUCUACAUAAAGCCUGUACAAAGCUGCUGCAGCAGACAGACAUUGGAUGGUUGACUCAUCCAGAUUUCUGGGGAGGUUUUUUUUUUCAUGUUAUUAGAAGCAAUAUUUUUGUUUUUAUUCUUGACAUGCAGAUGUAUUGUGAUGAAAUGCUGGUAAAUUGGAGUAGGCCGGGUUUUUGUUUGUCUUGUUUUUAACUCUUGGCGGUGACGGCUGUUUGGAAAUGUACCGUCCCACGUUCCAGUUGGUGUUUUAGACCCGGGACUAAGGUGACUAACUUUAAAUCCGACCCCAGCCCCGGUCUUGUAGAUGAUCCACUGGUUGGCUGCUAACUUUUCAGAUUAUAGGCGUGGGUGUUCAGAACAGCUACUGGAUCGCAGAGGGGCUUUGAAUAUCUGGUAGGGCUGAUUAAAAACAGCCAGGACUUGUUUUUGGGACUAGCUAAUUUUACUGAACAAAACUAUAGAGGGUGUACAGUCAUGAGCUAGCAGACUAGACCGAGCCACUUUAAAGAUUUACAAUUUUGUUGUCUUGUAUCCGAAUUGAUACAAGCUUAUGUUUGCAAGAUUUUUACUUGCUAAUAAAAAGCUGUUUUAAGUGACUAAUAGAAAAAGAAGCAACAGACAGCGUUUUCGCCUCUGAUUGUUUGUAUCUUUUUAUAAAUUUUAGAUUGAAUUCUUCUCUUUAAGGUGGCUCAUUGAUGCUUUCAACUCUUGUGCAUAUUAAAGACAAUAAUGAGUUGAGAAAUCAUUGUGCCUUUUGUUUUUUCAUUUCAACUAUGAAGAGUUUUUUUCUGAAAGAAUAAAAAAAAAUCAAAGCAAUUAGAGAAUCUUGAUAGAGGGGAUUAAAGUGGUCUCCCUUCUGAGUUUGCCAUGAAGAAUGGUCAAUGUUGCUAGCUGUCAAAACAUUUUAUUUUUUUAAUCUUUACCCAAUGAACCACACCAUUUCUACCCUCCCCAACACCACAGACAUCACUCGUCUACCAUCAUUGCGGUCAACAGAUUUUGGUUUCCUUUCUUAUCUCACCCUCAGAACAUAAGUCUGUUUCUGAUUCUAACCAAAAUAAACUUGCUGUUUAGCCGUG